AUGAAGAAGACUCCAGAUGAGAUAGUCACUAUUCUAUGUGAGUUAUCUGAAGAUGCAAAUCAGUGGCCCUCGGAGAUUGCUGAAAGGAGACGAUCAACUGGUUUUAACCAGACAUAUGAGAGGCUAGAUGCUCAUGGUGCAGCUAUCAAAGAACUUGGGACAGGUUUGCGUAACUUGGAGAGACAAGUGGGACAAAUUGCAAAUAUAUUAUCUGAGAGAAUCCUAGGUACUCUGCCAGCUGAUGCUGAGAAGAAUCCCAAAGAAACGGUAAAUGUUGUGACCUUAAGAAGCGGGCAAGUGUUGAAAGAACCCACUCCAGCCUUGAAAGAGGUGAUGCCUGAAAAAGGAAGUGGGAAGGAGCUAAAAAUUGAAGAUGAUAAAAAGAAGAAAGGCAAGAAGGGAGAAAAGAUAUACAAUAACGAGGAAACUUUGAGAAGGGAGGACUCUAAUGAUAUGAGCAAGCAUAUGCCUGAUCUACCUUUCUCGCAAAAGCUCUAUAGAGAAAAGCUGGACAGGCAGUUUGAGAGAUCAUUAGACAUGCUGAGACGGGUUAAUGUAAAUCUUCCAUUCAGUGAAGUUCUCUCACAAAUGCUGGCUUAUGCAAUGUUCUUGAAGGAGAUCCUUACAAAGAAGAGGAAGAUAGAAGAGACAUCGGUAGUCAAGCUCAUAGAGCAUUGCAGUGAAAUCUUGCAAAACAAACUCCCACAAAAGUGUGGAGAUCCAGGGAGUUUUACCCUACCUUGCUCUCUAGGCACUCUUAAAUUUGAUAACUCUUUAUGUGAUUCUGGUUCCUCAGUUAAUCUAAUGACUUUGUGUAUUUACAGAAAACUAGAGAAUGAGAUUGGAGAGAUAAGGUCAGUACCAAUAUCGUUGCAGCUGGCAGAUCAAACAAAGAUAAUACCCGAGGGGAUAGUUGAAGAUGUCUUAGUGCUGGUGAAUUUAUAG